AUGCCCGUCGACGGAAUUUUAGCGCGCCGAUAUCGCGUCCUCUACAAAAUAGGUGAAGGAUCGUUUUGUCAAGCUGUAUGUGCUGAAGAUUUAUAUUAUCUUGAGAGACGCUUAGUUGCAAUUAAAAUUAUGGCACCAAAAUUUAAUGCAAUUGGAAUGCAGACUCUCCGUUAUCUAAACAAACACGAUAACAAUGACAAUACCCAUAUUGUUAAACUUAUUAAUACAUUCAUGGUUGGCAAACAUUUUUGUCUGGUAGUUGAUUAUUAUCAAGGAGGCACACCAAAACUUCCUCGCAUAGCAAAUGAAGAAUAUCGAUUACAG